AUGACAUUGAACACAUCAGCUGUGUGUACACCGUUUCCGUGUCAUUGCAAAAUAUAGAUCCAGGGAUCAUAUAUUAUGUGAGCAAUCUGACGAGUUUGGUGUUAUUUUUUCCAAAAUGGCGAAAUUGAUCACCGUAUUUGGAGCCACAGGAACGCAAGGAGGUUCUCUGGUUAGGGCACUUCUUCAGGACAGUAACUUUAAGGUUCGAGGAAUCACAAGAAAUGUGGAUAGCGAGAAGGCUAGAGCCCUAGCCCAAAAAGGGGUUGAAAUGGUGAAAGCCUCGACUGAAGAUGUAUCUUCUUUGGAACCUGCUAUGGCGGGAAGUUACGGUGUCUUUGCCAUGACAAGCUAUUGGGAAUUGAUGGACCAGGCAAAAGAAGUUGAAAUGGGCAAAAACAUGGUCGACGUUGCCAGGAAAGUAGGCGUGAAGCAUUUUGUCUUUAGUGGCCUACAGUCAGUCAAGAAGGCCAUUGGGAAGCCAUGUCCUCACUUUGACGGAAAAGCGGAAAUAGAAGAAUACAUGUUUGCCUCAGGUCUACCCGCUUCUUCAGUUCGCUAUGCCAUGUACAUGGAUAACAUCUUAACCCAGUCGACCCCGCAAAAAGUUGACGGUGAUGAGUAUCUUUGGCACAUUCCGGUGGCAAAUAAGAAAGUCCACAUGGUGUAUACCAGUGAAGCCGGGCGUGCAGUGGCAGCCAUCUUUAAGAAUCCUGAUGAGUAUAUUGGUAAAAGUGUUGGAUUGGCAGGCGAUGAAAGGACCUUGUCGCAAUACUGUGAUAUCCUCAAUUCUCAUCUUGUUCCUGCUAAAGUCACGCCCUCUCAGAUGACACCAGAAGAUUUUUCUAAGCUGCCAAUUCCUGGAGCGGAUGAUUUUGCCGCCAUGUUUGAGUUCCUGCAAACCGACCAUCCAUGCUACAGCGUUGAUAAAACCAAGAAACUUGAUCCAGAUACCAUCGACUUUGAAGGGUUUGUAAAAGCCAACAAGGAGAAAAUACUGGCGGCUAUGAACAAGAAUACGUCUCUUUGAGAGACAUUGCAUCAUAUACUUUCAUACUUGAAGGAAACCGUUUUAGCCCAUUCUUUAAACGGUGAAGGGUCUAGCUAACUAGGCUAUGUUUACAUCAUUCUUAAAAGACUUACCUUAAUUUAAAGCACGGUUAUAGAUGACAGAGAGUAUUACAACGUAAAAUAACAGAAAGGGAGAAAAUAAUAAAUCUGCUAAAUUUGAUGAAGAAUUACACAAUGCAUGCAAACAAUGCUUUAUCGGAACUUAGGGCUCAAAAUGAUCCUUGGCUUUAUAUCAGAGUAGCUGUUCAAGUUUGUAUUCUCUCUUUAAACAAUUCAUAUGCAAAUGAUCGAGGCGAAGUGAGGCACUUUUAUCACCAAAAUAUCACAAUUUAUGAAUAAAAAUAAUUGUAAGAAUAUACUAUUGUCUUGUUUCAAAAUGAUUUACAAUUUAGCAUUUAAUUUGCACACUCUAUGAGUAAGAGGAGCAAAAACAUAUCACAUGCUUUACCUUCAUGAAAUACAAAAUAAAAGUAGUUUUGAACUUCGUUAUUCCGAUUCGUUUGUUUCGUUUCGCAAAUCAAGAUAAUGUAAUGUUUAGAUGUUGUUAAUAUCAGAUUGUGCAUGUAAACUUACCGCUUCAAUUCUAUUCUUUAUAAUUAUACUAAUGAAAUAAAUCUUACUUCAGUCAGAGUGGGGUAACCCGUUAGACUUUGUUUUAAUACGUCACUGGAAUUUAUUGUUUUAUGUCUUUCAACUUUUAUGUACGGACUUGCUGAAAAACAGCUUUGCGGCUGAAAGCAGGUUUUUUUAUCCCGUAUUUAAAAAAAAAAAAAAAAAGGAAGGCUCAUUGGGCUUUUAAGUGCAUUUAGAGGAAAGGUAAUAUUCAAACAAACGUCGAGUCAUAAAUAUCUGACAACAUCUCCUGACUCCUGGCGAAUACAAACAUAUUUCUAUUCAAGACGAGGUUUAGGUUUCACUAUGUUAAUAUCCUGAAAAGGAUUGCUUGAAAAGUUAGUGAUAAAUGGAAACGAAAGAGCAGGGGCGGCGAUCGGGGGGGGGGGGGGCGGGUGGCACAGUGCCCCCUACUUUUUAAAGCACUUUUUACGCAAGGAAAAUGCCUCCUCACGAACAUUUAUGUGCCGUUUUCACCUGAGAAAGAACCGUUUUCUGUGUAAGCAUGUGCCAUAUCUCGAAUCAGUGCCCCUUUUUACCUAAGAAAAGUGCCCCUAACGAACAUGUCCUGUGCCCCUUUCACCUGAGAAGGACCCAUUUAUGCCGUUAGCAAGUGCCCUUUUGCCAUCUUAUAGGUGUCCUUUCUCGUAUCAGUGCCCCUUACCCAAGAAGAGUGCCCCUCACGAACGUGUUCUGUACCCCUUUCACCUGAGAAGGACCCGUUUUAAGUCUGAGCAAGUGUUCCCUUGCCUUCUUAUAAGUGCCCUUUUUCGAAUCAGUGCCCCUAUCACCUGAAAAGGAUCCGUUUAUGCCGUUAUCAAGUGCCCCUUUGCCUUUUUAUAGGUUCCCUUUCUCGUAUCAGUGCCCCUUUUUACCUAAGAAAAGUGCCCCCACGAACAUGUUCUGUGCCCCUUUUACCUGAGAAGGGCCUGCUUUAUGUGCUAAGGAGCACCCCUUUGCCUUCUCAUAUAGGUGCCUGUUCUUCAUCUCAGAUAAGUUGUCCUGAAUAACCACACUUUUCAUGCCCGAUGAGCGCCUGGUUUAAUUCUUUAUUUAGCGCCGUUCUGCUUCCUUCUGCAAGUGCAUAAAGAAUGAAAAAAUGUAAAAAUAAACCUAAGUGCCUUAAGUUACAUGAGCCAUGUGAGUGGGGGUAGAGAAGUCAUAUUUUUCUUCGUUUUAAGAUCAUGGCCGUACGCAGCGGGGGCAGCCCCCCCCCUCCAAAUUUUGAAAACUCACAUUUUUACCGCAGAUUUUCACAAAAUUCACCAAAAAUAUGCACAAAAUCCAUAAAUUUCACUUAACAAAUUGAGAAAGCGCGUCAAUGAUAAGCUCAGUCGCUUCGCUCCCCCGCUUUCGAUUUUUUUUCCAAAAAAAUUUACGGGUGCUGCCCCCCAGCGAAAAAUUUCUGCAUACGGCCAUGUUUAAGAUAGUGCCCUUUUCCCCUGUGCCCCCACCACUUUCAACUUCGCUCCGCCGCCCCUGCGAAAGAGAUAUUUACCCUUCUAAAGCUAAAAGUCGUCAUUUUUCACCUGCUCUUGGGCCAUUUUAAUAACUUUACCUUAUUUCACGAAAAGAUUACUCCAUUAUGUCAUCCAUCAUCUUCUCAUUUUAGGAUUUCCACGCAUUCACUUCUCACUUUAACUCCUCAUCAAUCUCUCUUCAUUCCACUAUACUAACAAUCCUUUUAAGGACUAUCCACAUGGUUAACUUAUGUAAGUAUAUCACGAUGCAAACAUCUAAAGGAGAAUCAGAUCAUGGAACAAUUAGCUUGCGUGAAAGGGAAAAAAACCUUGGGGAAAAAAAUCAAGAAUAAUAUCAACGAAAUUCCGAGUAGAAUUGGACAAACAAUACGAAAGUUACGAACACUGGGGUACAGAUGAGGGGAGGGGGCGUGAGGCCAUGCCCCCCUCAAGUUCCAUGACCAAGAUAAUAAAGAGGAGGAGGAAGAGAGAGAGAGAAAGGUAAAGGAAAAUGGGUAAAGUGUGAUAUUAUAUUCUGAUUGUCAUGUCACAAUCUAACAUAAAAUUAGAUUUUCAUAUUAAACAGGUCUAAGUUUUUGCUUGCUCGGGAUAUAAUACGUGUAUCAUGCUAUUUUUUGCUCAUUACGUUAUUGGUUGUGAACAUUGAAUGUCGAGAACAUACACUAAUGUCAUAUUAACGAUACAGAUCCUUCUAUUGGCAAUGCAAACAAGGUCUGUGAUGUCACAUUAUGUACAAUUCUGCCUUAUAGACACUGAAAAUAUACCCCAAAACAUUUAUUUUUGCUCAUUCUACUGAUAGAACAAUCUAUUCAUCCAUUAUAUAAUGUUGAGAAAUCUGUAUUACCUGCCUUCUCAUAAGACAAGAAUCCCUGAUCUUGCGAUAGACUAGAUUAAGAAGAAAAUUUAAGUGCUAAUGUACUAAAGAAAUUGAUAAGUUUGUCACAGAUUCUUGGUCGCAUUGCCAUUGAGAGGAUUCAUUGAUAUUAAAAUGUUCAUUACUUUCUCGUUAUUCAUUCAAUCUUUCUCAAACUUUCAUUGAUCUCUUUCUUUGAUUUUUCUCUCUUGAAUCAAUUCAAGUUAUUUCAAGGGUUUCAUUCUCCCUUAAAGAACAUCUUAUCUCCAAUUGUAUAAUAAAUAUGUUCAGAAUAAGUCAUAUGAAAUCUGCGUCAAUAAGUCAGUUCGUAGUUCCACUCUGCGCAUGAUCAGAAGAUUCUGCGCAUGAUCAGAGGAAGAGGAAGGUCAUUGGUACUAAAGUGACAUGGUGGUUUAAAAUUUAAUGAGAUAAGCACCAACUUUGAUGUCAUGAUUAUUGAUAUAUUCUUUUGAAUUGUGUUUUUAAUUUACAUCCACAAAAAAAUGCGUCCACGAAUGACUGGUAUAUUUCACAGUUUGCCAAGUACAUUUGUACAACAUGCUCUAAUAAGCAUUCAAAGUAGAAAUGCAACAAAUACCUUCAUUGAUGUGCUGUUCUAGUCACCUGGUCUAUUCCUACUAUGUAAGAAAAGCUUACGUAAUAUCAUAAUGAAAGAAAUGAAAGGUCAUAUGACAAAAAUUGUCAAUGAACUAACUACGAACUGGUCAAGUAAUCAUUCCAACGGAGAUAGUGGUUUUUGAAACCCCUGAUCCACGUUUCCCUAAUAUUUUAAUACAGAUAAAAUGAAAUGGAGAUUAGUUCUUUUGUAAUCGGACUUGUUUUUUUGUUAUGUUUUUAUAAUUCAUGUUUUAAUUAUGUAUACUAAUGAAUAAGACUAAAUGUCAGAAGAAGGACAAGGUUCCCAAUUAUGAGUUAUUCAUAAUAAAACAAUCCGUAUCAUACGAACCAGA